UUUGUUCAAAGUUUAGUUCGUAUCGGACUCGGAGUUCGUCUUCUCCUUUUCAUACUGAGAAACCAAUUUCUGUAUAUUACAUACCCAACUCUCUCAUCAUCGUCUCGCCAGUGCUUCUUCUUCUUCGAUUUGAUUUGGACGUUGUUCUUCCAUUCUUCUCGCCGAUCGUCGUUUGAUGGGUUCUAUCUCGCACGCGAUCGGUCCCAAACUCGGUUUCCAUCACCAGGUAUCCCGCUCUUCCAAUGGACUCUUCAGUUUCAAUGGUGAUAAUUUUUUGAGUCUCAGUUCGAGGAAGCAUUUUGGAAGAAUCUUGGCCUCUGUUGAUGUUAAGGAUGGACGUAAGAACACCGCGAUUGAUUUUACUGAUCCUGAUUGGAAAUUGAAGUACCAGGCGGAUUUUGAAAAACGCUUUAAUCUCCCCCACAUUACUGACGUUUUUGGAGAUGCUGUUCCUAUUCCUUCUACUUUUUGCCUGAAGAUGAGGACGCCGGUUUCGGACGUUUUUGCUGGAGGCUAUCCGUCGGAUGAAGAGUGGCAUGGAUACAUAAAUAAAAAUGACCGCGUACUUCUCAAGGUCAUAAAUUACUCAUCACCUAGGUCUGCCGGUGCUGAGUGCAUUGAUCCCGAUUGUACUUGGGUAGAACAAUGGGUUCAUCGUGCUGGGCCUCGAGAGAAAAUAUACUUCAAACCAGAAGAAGUGAAAGCAGCAAUUGUGACUUGUGGAGGUCUCUGUCCUGGUCUUAAUGAUGUUAUCAGACAGAUUGUAAUCACACUUGAAAUUUAUGGUGUAAAGAAGAUAGUUGGGAUUCCCUUUGGAUAUCGUGGAUUCUCUGACAAAGAACUGACCGAAAUGCCGCUUUCCAGAAAGGUGGUUCAGAACAUUCAUCUUUCUGGUGGAAGUUUGUUAGGAGUUUCACGGGGAGGUCCUGGCAUUGACGAAAUUGUUGACAGCUUGCAGGAAAGGGGGAUUGAUAUGCUUUUUGUUUUGGGUGGAAAUGGCACACAUGCUGGGGCUAAUGCAAUACACAAUGAGUGUCGGAAAAGACGGUUAAAGGUGGCUGUGGUUGGUGUUCCAAAAACUAUAGACAAUGACAUCUUAUUGAUGGAUAAAACUUUUGGUUUUGAUACUGCUGUUGAAGAAGCACAAAGAGCAAUAAACUCUGCCUACAUUGAGGCACACAGUGCUUAUCAUGGAGUUGGCAUUGUAAAAUUGAUGGGUCGCAGCAGUGGAUUUAUAGCAAUGCAUGCAGCACUUGCUAGUGGGCAGAUUGAUGUAUGCUUGGUUCCUGAGGUUCCUUUCCAACUACAUGGUCCCCAUGGUGUUCUACGCCAUUUAAAAUAUCUGAUAGAUACAAAGGGGUCUGCUGUGGUCUGUGUGGCUGAGGGAGCUGGGCAGAAUUUGCUGCAAAAGACUAAUGCCACCGAUGCAUCUGGGAACAUUGUACUGGGUGAUAUUGGCGUAUACAUUCAACAAGAGAUGAAGAAAUACUUCAAGGAGAUUAGUGUUCCAGUUGAUGUGAAGUAUAUUGAUCCGACGUAUAUGAUACGUGCAUGUCGUGCAAAUGCGUCUGAUGGGAUUUUGUGCACAGUACUGGGGCAGAAUGCAGUCCAUGGCGCAUUUGCAGGAUACAGCGGUAUCACAGUAGGAAUCUGCAACACACAUUACGUAUAUCUUCCCAUUCCCGAAGUGAUUUCAUAUCCCAGAUUAUUGGACCCAAACAGCCGAAUGUGGCAUCGAUGUCUAACUUCAACAGGUCAACCUGAUUUUAUCUAAUCAUAUUCCGUUAAUUUAUGCAAGAGAAACGAGGGAGCGGGGAGCUAGCUUCAGUUUCUUUGUUUUUGUUAAGUUAGGCCAAUGGCUUUAGUAGAAUAAAUAAUGAUGAGAGGAAUUGUCAAGUGUAUAGCAUUAGUACUUGAGAAGAUUCAUUGAUAAUAAAGAGAACAUAAGCGGAGAAAGAAACCAAGUUCUUGCACAGCUUUGUUGCAUAAUAUUUAUUCAUUUGUAUCUCAGAAACAUUGGUAAUUUCAUUAUUCUUGAAGAAAUUCAAAUCAUGAAGAGGACUGAUAUAUUUAUUUAAUACAAAAACAUUCUCUGGUAAAGGGAAUCUUUUCCCUC